CCCACUUACCCUGGUUCCAGGAGAAAGGGAGAAAGCCCCUGCGCCCCUUCCUCCUCGUCGACCAGGUUACCGUCCCCCGUCUCCUCCCUUUCCCUAUCUCUAUCUCUUUGUUCCGCCUCGCCGCCGCCUCGCCGGGUCUCUAACGCCGCCGCGGAGGACGCCUCUCUCUCCCCUGUCUCUCACGGAGGACGCCGGAUCUGGUAUCCCGCCGCCGCCUCGUCGUCAUCGUCGUUCUUCUCCUCCUUCUAUAUCUCCCCCUCUCUCUCUUCCCCUGCUGCGCACCGAAGGACGCUGCCCUCGCCGGAUCUGAAUCUCUAGCGGAGAAUGAAUGUCCAACAAGCUGUGGCGCCCAGAUCUUCUGCCAAUGGCUUCGGCCGUAGGAGAGUUGAUAGAGAGACGGGGGCCAGGAUGGAUAAUAGGACGCACUCUGGAAAGCCAUCUUCUGCUAAUUUCAGUAAUUCAGGCUUAGCAAAUGGAAGCAAACUAGGAGGUGUUGCAGGUCCUUUACGUGAUCGACUAAUAUAUGUCAUAUCAUAUCUUAUUGGUCAGCGUGUGGAAGUUCUUGUGAAAAAUGGGUCUAUAAUAUCUGGAUUUUUUCAUUCAGCAACUACUGACAAAGAUUUCGGAGUUGUUUUGAAAAUGGCUCAAGUGAUUAAGGAUGGUUCCAUCAGAGGACAUAAGCCGAUUAAUGAUAUUGUUAAAAGGCCUCAAACUAUGAUCAUACCUUCUAGAGAACUUGUCCAAAUUUUUGCAAAGGAGGCAUCCUUAAGUAGCGAUGAACUCAUGAAUGGGCACCCAAAGGAGAAGCGCAAGGAUCUCUUGAUAGAUUCUGUUAUUUCUCAUUCUCAUCAAGUGGAAGUGGAGAGAGAGCUUGAGCGCUGGACUCCUGAUGAAGAUGAUCCAGCAUGCCCUGAAUUGGAGAAUAUAUUUGACAGAACUUGGAAUAGGAAUUGGGAUCAAUUUGAAACAAAUGAAACUUUGUUUGGAGUGAAGAGUACCUUUAACGAGGAACUUUACACAACAAAGCUUGAGAGAGGUCCUCAAAUGAAAGAACUCGAAAUUGAAGCUUCAAGAAUAGCUAGAGAAAUUGAGGGAGAGGAAACACAUGAUUCUCAUUUAGCUGAGGAAAGAGGUAUCAAUUUCCCUGAAAAUGUUGAUCUUGAUGAGGAGAGCAGAUAUUCUGCAGUACGAAGGGAAGAUGAUGAUGGCAGAUAUGAAGAAAAUGAAAGCUCUUUUUUGGAUGCCUGCAAUGCAGAAACCUGUGGAGGCUCCUUCGGGUCUGUGGUUAGUAGGUCAUAUUCUGAUGUUUUAAGCAAGAAAAUUAAUAGUGAAGACAGCAAGAAAGUUAAUAGUGAAGCCCAGGCAUCAUCUACCUUCCCAUCAGUGAAUGAGGAUUCACAAAUCCUUGCUGAUAAGGAUGUACAGGUUUCUGGUUCCACUGAUCAUGCUACUCAGCCAACAUCCAACUCUCCUGCAAAACGUUCGUCAUUCAUGGAUGAUAAGAACAGGUUGGACAAGAAGAAGACCAAAGAUCAGGAUGCGGAAAAGAGUUUGUUGAAUGAGUGCACAGAUAGAGUCGCUUUCGAGGAAGCUCAAACAUCAAAAUCUGAGGAUAUACACCCAUCGGUGCAUGUGAAAGGACUGCCCCCUGGUGCCACUACAUAUGAUCCUCUAUCUUCUGUUCCAGGAAAUAAAUGUCCAGUUGAUGAAUCUUCAGAUUCUGCAAUAUCUGGCAAAUUGUCUUCUGCUAAUGAAGCUGCAAAUCUUACUCUACGACCUGUUAGUUCUACGUCAUCCACUUCUGAGUGUGUAGGUGCUGGCUCAGUUUCAGGUGGUCCUGGUCUUUCACCAAGCUCUUCAGUAGGAUCAUUAUCUUCAGAAAAGUCAACAUUGAAUCCUAAUGCUAAGGAGUUCAAGCUCAAUCCUAAUGCUAAAAGUUUUACGCCAUCUGCUCCGUUAAGGCCGCACGCACCGGCAUGUGAUGGAUCGUUUUAUUAUGCCAGUAAUAUGCCAGCUGUCCCCCAUAUGCAUGGCAUGCCUGUUAGCGUGGGGAUCGGACCAUCAUUUGGUGCACAGCAGCCUGUUGUUUACAAUCCACAGGCUGCACCAAUGCAAUCUCCCCAGGCAUAUAUCCAUCCAAAUGGCCCUUUGUAUGGACAGCAGAUGAUUCUUGGGCAGCCUCGGCCAGUUUAUUACAUGCCAACUUAUCCACCUGAAAUGCAAUAUAAAGGGAGGAAUUUCUAGUACAGCCUUGGCUCAUCCUCCAGUGGUUUCCAUGGACCUCCACCAAAGAGUUGCCAACCCGAAGCCUACAGUUGGGUUGAAUCACCACUUUUCUUAUGGCACAUGGAUGAAGAUUUUGUGCCCCAUAGGAUUCAAUAACUUCUGCAGUUGCCUGGGACAGGUGCAUGCCAUCAGGAAUGUCAUGAAAUUGUAAAUUAUUACAUUCCACUCAUCUUUCAAUGACACUGAAAGAAACUUAAGAACUUUAGCAGGAGACUCUUAAUCUUCUGUAAUAUUAUUUGUUAUGUCCGUUCGAUUUGGUUGCAAGGUUGAGUCAGAUCAACCAAAUUACGGUAUUUAUCUUGUGACAUUCAUUGUUUAAACAGUGCAUGUAUUGCAGCUA